UGGCAACUUUUCAUCACACAGUCUCACAUCGUACGGUCGGCGAUCAAGUUAAGCAGCCACUACUAGCGUGUAUAUCUAUCUCGGGCGAGACAUCAGUUUACAUGAAUUUUUGUAUGAAAAAUUCAAAAAGAAUAAAAAUGUGUCCGCGUCUAUUUUCGUCUCAGCAAAGGAAGAUGUUUUAAUAUAUAUUGCGCAUAAGAAAAUAUAAAUCUUCAUAUAUAUACACAAGUGUAUAUAAAAUUUUUUUUUGUUUUGUAAAAUAAUAAAAUAUUACUUAGUUUGACAAAGAUGAGUGACAUUUGCUAAAGCAAAAAAAAAACUAAAAAAAAAAAUAUAUGUAUAUAUAUGUAUGUAUGUAUAUAUAUAUAUAAGAUCGCUAAUGUGUUGCUGGAAGUCAUCAUGUCAAACAUAACCUAAAACGAUUUAAGUAAGAAAAAAAAAGUUUUAUAGCUUGUUACUGCAACUUAUUUGUCUGUAAAAACACGUCCAGUGGCCUGAAAUUUGUUCAAAACGACGAAAAUAUAGGCGUGGCAGUAGACAAUGAAAGCCAUUACAAAUUUUCUCAAAGUAGUUAUUGUGCUGUCAACAAUUGUCGCAGUUACAGAUUGUUGUUCUAGCCGUAUAUUACUUUUAAAGGAACAGACUUUGAAAGCUAUAGAACAACAAAAAAUCCAGCAACAACAAUCAUCGCAACAACCUGAUGAGAACGAUCGAACAGAGGAAGUCUUCGAAUUUCAACCGCAAAUCGAAAAAUACCUACAACAUGUUAAAGAUUUUAUCAAUAGUAUAGCGAUAAACCCAAAUAAAACUCAUGCCAAAGAAAUGACUAAUUCCACCGAUCGUCAGAGCAAUUUAAAGGACAACAUGAUGUCAUCCUCAUCUAUAGCGUCACUUUCAUCAGCAUUGCAAGCAAAAGGCUUAACGGCAACAAACGUAUUGCAAAAUCCUACAUCUUCAGACAAUCUUAAUGAUAAUCCCAAUUAUAAUUUCCUUCAAUUGUACACCUUUAUGAGUGAUGUACUCUCAGCUCCUUGUACCGGAGAAUAUUCAACAGAUUAUUGCUUGAACAAAGGCCAUUGCUUCGUGCAUCUGGUUGGCCUUUUCUAUUGCAAAUGUGCUGACGGUUAUGUGGGUGAACGUUGCGAAUCAAAGUAUGUGUAUUUAGAUGGUGGUGGUGGCGGUAAGAUCGGGGAAUAUGUUGCACCGUCGUCGUUAUCUAAGCAAAAACCAAAAAUUUUAACCGCUCGCGUAGUAUUUUCAUUUCCUAUGCUGAUUAUUCUAACAAUUAUUUAUGUGUCGAUCGGUAUGAGUGUCAUAUUCAAAUGUCAACCGAUUUAUAAAUUUACGCGUCAGUCUUGGCGUUUGCAACAAAAGGCAAAUCAUCUUCUUUAUGAAUGACCGUUACGCUAAAAUCGCUCUUGUCAGUCCCUCCUUCCCCCAACUAUCGAGUACAGUUAAAGCUGCUUCUUUUCCCGUUUAUCUUUUUGAAGGAAAAGCUUUUCCUUUUUAUAUUUGUAUAUAUAUAUAUAUAUAUAUAUACGCAAUGUGCUUUUCCUUAAAAUUCAAUAACUUAUUAAUUACUUUAAAUUAAUUUUAUUUUACGCUAAGAUAUCUUUAGAGAUGCUGCGCGCAGUAGGCGGUCUUGCGUUUAAAUAUUUAGUUAUUUCUCUUUCUUAUUUCCGUCUAUUCGUUACUUAAUCAAUUUACUUAAAUUUAUUUCUUUUUAUUUUGUUCCACAUAAAUGGAAAGGCGCGCUAUUUCCUUCAUAUAAUAAAUAGUUUUCCUAAAGUAUUUCAUUAAACGUAACAUGUGUGUGCACACUAACAACGUUACCUAUUCGUACGUGGCUGCGUACGUCUUUCUCAUUUUUUUCUUCAAAAUAUUUCUUUCUCUCUCAUAUGU